ACAUCAAAGUGACAUAAGAGAUGACGUGCGUGAAAAAUAUUUACGCCUCCAUGAAAAGCUUUCAUCUCAUUUUCUCAUACGCAGAACGUAUCUUUCUAUUUCACAUAUUAGUAAAAAUAUCAGUUUUCUGUCUGGUGUUCUAGCUAAGGAAAAUACAAAAAGAUUUCUGAUUAAUUUGCUGUGAAAUAUACAAUUUCAUGCUAUUUAUUAGGUUUAAAUCGAACCUGCUGACUAUAAUGUUUAUCUGAUUUACCAUUUGAAGAAGUUCGUGAUCCGUUAGAAAGGGUACCGUUAAGUGUUAUUUAUGAAUGUGAGCAUCUUCAAUAGAGUUAACAACCAGAGCAAAGACAGUGGCGGCAUGUAUUCCGAGUGGAGUUCAUUGCCCCUGGAGGGGGGAGGCAGGGGGGUGCUGGGUGCGGUGGGAGGGAGAGACGUGGUGCUGGCAGUCGUCAAACAGCUAGCCUCGCAUGAGCCCAGCCCUCUUACUACUGAUGCUGAGGUGGAAUGGGUACUAGAAGUAAUCCGCUUCGGUCUCUCCCUCCCUCUACAAGAGCACGGCGCUCUCCGCGACUGUGUCCGCGUGUGCUGCGCAUGGCUGGCACCCCUCCUCCCCCCCGCGCCGCCUGCCAUGCCGCCGCCUCCCGCGAUCCCACCGCCCGUGGCUAAGGCGCCUCACAAGUACGCCAGAAAGAUAUUGAGGCAUCUGCAUAAUUUGUUCGUGCCAAGGCCUAAUGAGACUCUCGCAUUUAUAUACCAAAUGGAAUUGGGUGGUGAUCUAAUCAGCAAGCAAGCGGUUCUAUGUCACCGGGUACUUCGCCUAGCCCGAGCGCUUGCCGACGGUGGCGCUCUAGGGGCCAAAGAAUGGCGCUCGCUACUUCUCCUACUGUUGGCGGCAGCAUCAGCCUUGCUGUCCCCACCGGCGCCACACCACUCGGCUGCAGAACAGCUGUGUGAGAGAGUGCUUUGUGUGCUGUUUGAAGUGUGGAUACUGGCUUGUCACAGAUGUUUCCCUGUCCCGCCGCUGUGGCGCACUCUGCGCGAGCAGUGCGUGCGGUGGCGGCACCGCGCGCCGCUCACGGAGCAGUGGACGCGCGCCUCGCUCGCCCUCACCGCAAGACUGCUCAAGCACAUGUACGGACCGCUGUUCCCCGUCAUGCCUAUCAGUGAGGAAGACGCGAACUUGAUCCCUGCUGAUAUGAGCGCAGAGGCGGUGAUGCAGAGCUGGUACCGCAUACUGCACACUAUUGGCAACCCCGUCGACCUGUGCAGACCUCACAUCAUCAGUCAGACCCCUGAUUUCUUACAGUAUUCAAUAACUCAAGACGAGGGCAGCCGGGAUCCCAGCCAGCACCCAUGCCUACAAGCUCUGCCGUCCAUCUUCCACAAGGCUAUGAAAGGCAUCGCCGCACACGUCGACGCUUUCCUCGGACGCGGGUCGGAGCGCUGGUGGGGCGCGGCAGUGGAGCCGGCCGACGACGGCGACCUCACGCCGCCCGCGCACCGACGCCUCGCCAAGUCCUUCAGCGUGUCCGCCGCCAGGCCACGGGAUAAGCUGCCUGAGAGAAGCACUCCGCGCACGUCGCUGAUCGGGCUGACGAGCAGCCGCCCGCCCAGCGUCGCGCCCACGACGCCGCCCAACUCCAUAUCCUCGCAAGUGGGUGAAUCCGAGAAGCCGCCACUAACGCCGCUGCGUCCGAAAGUGAACUCAAUCUUCCAUCUGUUCGGAGAGUGGCUGUUCGAAGCUGCACUCAUUGGUACCACGCCGGCUUAUAAUAACCAACAACGCACGGAAGGCACCCCGCCACCUCCGUCGUUGUCAGACGCUACAUACAAACUGAACAUGCUUGCCUACCAGCCAGGUCGUGCCGAAGCCCUAGGCACAGUAUGCCGGGUGCUCUGCGCCCGCCAGUGCCGCGAGGAGGUGCUGGCGCCGUACCUGGCGCGGUGCUACGCCGCCAUACACCGCGGCCUGCGGGACCCCGCCACCGCCGCCGCUGUCGUGCUUAACGCGCCUGAUCUGUUCCGCCUCGACUUAGACGGCGUAUUAGUCUUGGUUCCAGACUUCAUAAACGCCUUAGACCAGAUACUAUCAGAGAGGGAACCAAAGCUGGAAUGUGGGAGCAUAGACAAGAGAGAGCUGCGUAAAGCGGCCAUUAGCGCUCUGCUGUCACUCGUGGCCUUCCCCUACCAUUAUAAGGGAUUGCCCGUGCCUGAGUUCCCGGGAUGUAAUGAAUACGCUGGUAUGACACUGGGCGACUUCACUCGCGGUCGUAUCUCUCUCAUCUGCGUCUCAGCAGUGCAAGUGGAGACUUCAGACGCGUUAGCCGUGCCGCUGCUAAACGCGUUGUACCUCUGUGUACGACAUAACGCUCAUCACGCGCCUUCACACGCCCCGGGGUCAACGCUCUCACAUAAUACGGAGUAUAAAGCGCGGUCGGACAGCGGCAGCGCGACCGGCAGCGGCGAGGGACACUCGCUCGACGACUUCGCCGCAGACGUUAGAGAGCUAGACCCAUCCUCGCCUGUUUUCGGUGCAGCGCUGGUGGUGCGAGCUACUUACCUGGUGUGUCACCGCCUCAUAUCCUCGUGGAAGGGAGACCUGCAAGUAUCGCUGGCAGCCUUGGAACUGCUCUCUGGAUUAGCCAAGCUACACUCUUCCAAACCAGAAUUUGUAAUCGAGGCGAUCGAACGGAAGCGCGCAGUGCGUUGGAUCUGCGACUACAUCACAGUUCAGUGCAGCCGCCCGCCUCAAGCGCACUCCCGCGACCUGCACUCGUGUGUAGUAGCCGCGUACUCCUGCCUGGCCGCCUGGCUGUGUCCCGCGCUGUUGGCCGACCAAGAGUGCAUCGCCACGCUGCUGGAAGUAGUCGAGCUCGGGAUAUCCGGCAGCAAGAGUCAAGGAAAACCUGGUGAGCCUCCAAAAAUGAAGGACGAGAAAGAAUUGAAGCCAGUUUCCAUGAGAGUGCGGGAUGCGGCCGAAUCGCUACUUAUGCUCAUUUUGGAACAGCAAAUCGGUAACGGCGGUAACGGUUCGUCCUGGUGCCGGCUGGACGAGCGCUGGCUGGCGGCGCUGGGGCACGGCAAGCUGCGCCACUUCGUAGCCGACGGGAACAUACUGCUGUCGCUGCUGGAGGAGCCGCUCAGCAACAGCCAGGAGCCGCAGCCCACGCUUAUUGUGAUAAUUCGUUGCGGCUGGGGUCGCUACGCGUGGUCGCUGAGCGCGCGCGGCGCGGCGCGGUGCGCGACCCGCGGCUGCGGCGGCGCCUGCGCCCGGCCUGUCGACAUGCGCGACGCCAGGCCCGCCGCGCCGCCCGCCUGCCGCCCGCUACCGCAUGCGCCUCCGUGUGCACUUGACUCAGCAUUCCCAAGUCUUGACGCCGUCUUACGUCAACUGAACGACCCGGACGCUCCGACAUUGUUCAAACUGUUGGAACAGCAAGCUGCUAUCGAAAAACGAGUCAAAGAGAGUGAAGAUAAUGUUGUUCCCGAAGAAUAUAUACCACCCGAACCUGUGACGGAGUUCCAAACGGCAAGAUUGUUUUUGCAACACUUCGGGUAUCUAAAUAUUGGUGGUGAUAAAAAGGGUUCCCCCCCACGUCUAGUAGCCCUAGACUCCUCAGCCCCGGGCUUCGCAGCAGCACUGCGGCGUGUGGACGCGUGCGGGGCACGUGCACGCGUCACCGUGCACGUGUUCUGUGCACGUGCGGGACAGCUACAUGCUAAGGAUAUUGUUAAUAACGCUAGAAGUUUGAGCACCGUGCCGCCGGCUUUCGUGAGAAUGCUUAGAGGGCUAGGUACUCCAGUCCUGGUCCGUGGCCACCCAGGUUGGGCGGGGCACGUGGAUACUAGCUAUGACGCUCGGCCUCACGCGCCGCCCACCAACAGGGAACCUGCGCCCGCUAUAUACGACGCUAGAGAACAGGUUCUAUACUGGUCGGACUCAACGAAUGAGAUAGCGUUCGUGGUGCCGUCCGGUCGAGACACCACUGACACUGAGGAUCGAAACGACAGCAUCAAGUCUGAUGCCGACGGCUCUUGUUUGUCUAAUAGAAGCUCGGAGAAGGGCGCGGGUUCGUGCUGGGACGUGUCGGGCAGCUCGACCGCCACCGGCACGUACGAGCGCAGCGUCAGCGAGUCCGAGCGGACGGCCGACCGCGGCGGCAAGCUGGCCGACAAGCUGCGGGCGUUGUCGCUCGACCUCGACAAGCAGCCGCAGGCACAGCUCACUGGCAGCGGCAGGCGUAAUAGAGAUUACACUACGAAAAUCCUCAUCAUAUGGCUGGAAGACUUUGAAGAUCACUUGAACUUGCCAAUUGACGAUCUCCUAACAUACUGCGAGACCGGUCUCCCGUGGCGUCGUCACGAGGUGGUAACUCUCUGCGUGUCAGCGCGUCGCUGCGGGCUGGUGCGGCUGCAGUGCGCGGCGGCGGGGCUGCUGCCCGACGCCGCGCUGGUGGCGCCCGCGCUGCUCUCCGACUGUCUGCGCAGGGCCGCACUCGACGCUGCUAGGCGGACCCGGCUCAAUACUGACCUGUGAGUACACAAGUAGUUGGUGACGCUGCGGGCUGCUGCCCGACGCCGCGCUGGUGGCGCCCGCGCUGCUCUCCGACUGUCUGCGCAGGGCCGCACUCGACGCUGCUAGGCGGACCCGGCUCAAUACUGACCUGUGAGUACACAAGUAGUUGGUGACGCUGCGGGCUGCUGCCCGACGCCGCGCUGGUGGCGCCCGCGCUGCUCUCCGACUGUCUGCGCAGGGCCGCACUCGACGCUGCUAGGCGGACCCGGCUCAAUACUGACCUGUGAGUACACAAGUAGUUGGUGACGCUGCGGGCUGCUGCCCGACGCCGCGCUGGUGGCGCCCGCGCUGCUCUCCGACUGUCUGCGCAGGGCCGCACUCGACGCUGCUAGGCGGACCCGGCUCAAUACUGACCUGUGAGUACACAAGUAGUUGGUGACGCUGCGGGCUGCUGCCCGACGCCGCGCUGGUGGCGCCCGCGCUGCUCUCCGACUGUCUGCGCAGGGCCGCACUCGACGCUGCUAGGCGGACCCGGCUCAAUACUGACCUGUGAGUACACAAGUAGUUGGUGACGCUGCGGGCUGCUGCCCGACGCCGCGCUGGUGGCGCCCGCGCUGCUCUCCGACUGUCUGCGCAGGGCCGCACUCGACGCUGCUAGGCGGACCCGGCUCAAUACUGACCUGUGAGUACACAAGUAGUUGGUGACGCUGCGGGCUGCUGCCCGACGCCGCGCUGGUGGCGCCCGCGCUGCUCUCCGACUGUCUGCGCAGGGCCGCACUCGACGCUGCUAGGCGGACCCGGCUCAAUACUGACCUGUGAGUACACAAGUAGUUGGUGACGCUGCGGGCUGCUGCCCGACGCCGCGCUGGUGGCGCCCGCGCUGCUCUCCGACUGUCUGCGCAGGGCCGCACUCGACGCUGCUAGGCGGACCCGGCUCAAUACUGACCUGUGAGUACACAAGUAGUUGGUGACGCUGCGGGCUGCUGCCCGACGCCGCGCUGGUGGCGCCCGCGCUGCUCUCCGACUGUCUGCGCAGGGCCGCACUCGACGCUGCUAGGCGGACCCGGCUCAAUACUGACCUGUGAGUACACAAGUAGUUGGUGACGCUGCGGGCUGCUGCCCGACGCCGCGCUGGUGGCGCCCGCGCUGCUCUCCGACUGUCUGCGCAGGGCCGCACUCGACGCUGCUAGGCGGACCCGGCUCAAUACUGACCUGUGAGUACACAAGUAGUUGGUGACGCUGCGGGCUGCUGCCCGACGCCGCGCUGGUGGCGCCCGCGCUGCUCUCCGACUGUCUGCGCAGGGCCGCACUCGACGCUGCUAGGCGGACCCGGCUCAAUACUGACCUGUGAGUACACAAGUAGUUGGUGACGCUGCGGGCUGCUGCCCGACGCCGCGCUGGUGGCGCCCGCGCUGCUCUCCGACUGUCUGCGCAGGGCCGCACUCGACGCUGCUAGGCGGACCCGGCUCAAUACUGACCUAUACCAACCGCCCCAUGUGCGCCGGCGCCACCUCAUACAAGAGUUAGCUCAACAAUACAAGAAGGAUUUAACCGAACCAGAACUCUUGGAGUCAUUAUUCAGACCUCCUGAAUAAAUGGACCUUUUAAACGUAAUGCCACAUAGUAAACUUUUGUUUAGAUACAGUUGAUUUAUAUUAAUGUUGUGCAACAAAAAUGUUGCUGGAAACAUACCUAUUCUGCAGCAGCAGUGUUGCCAGUAACUCAAUUACAUAUUGAUGUAACUUUGAUUAUAAACAAAAGUUAACCAUGAAUAUGAGGCUUUACACUUAUGACUUAAGUUUCAUCACUAUCAUUGGCCUUAAACCAUCUUUUAUAGAUGAUUGGCAGUGGUUAAAUGUGUAGUUGGUAUAGCCACUUGCAUUUAUUUUUGUGCCUGAAUCUGUUGAAACGCCAAUUUAUUUAUUUUUUUAUUACUAUGAACUGGCUAUGAUUUUUUCAUAUACUCUGUGAUUGACAGACAUUGAAGUCAAAUCUUAGCAGUAGAAGUAAUCAUUUAAUUUAAUGUAAGUAAAUUGUUUCAGAAUGUGAUUAAAUGCAUGGUUGCAUGAUUUUUGUUUGGCCUAACAAACUUUGUAUAAGCUCAAGCAAAAAUACAACUAAAUACACAAUUAUCGUAUUAGAUUUUAUCUACAAACAGGCACACAAAAAAAAUUGCAGUGUAAUAAAAUAUUUGUAGUUAGAUGAUCAGCAAAUUUUUAGAUAAUUUGAAAAGAUUAUUGAAGAUGAAACAUGAGAAUAAAUUGUGGUUGAUCAGUUUUAAAAAGGUUGCUCUUUUUACUAUUACUAAAUGUAGUAAUAAAGUACAGCAAACUUUUUUAUCAAAUAAAAACAUACAACUCUGAACGUAUUUCAUAAUUUUAUUAAGUUUGCAGUUAAGGUUCGUUAUUGGAGCAUCAAUUGUAUGAAACUUCCGCAUUUCUACUUCACUUACAAACAAUUAGGCCUUCUCUGGGUCAUUUCAAUGGUAGACUUACAGUUUUUUUUAACAUGCUGUUGCAAAUUAUGCAACGCGAUUUAGAAUGCUUAUAUGCCUCGAAUAUCUAGAUAAAUAUAUGAAGUAUUUUAGUGUUAUUAAUUAAUUAAGACUGAUGUAUGCAUAUACCAAUGAAAUGUACCUAAUCGUUAAUCAUGUUAACAUUCCGAUUUCUAUAACAGUAUUUUAUUUUGCAUAAUGUACUUAAUUUUAUUGUUAUAAUUUAAUAAAUGUUAUUAAUGUAUAAUCUA